UUUUUUUCUGGUCCUUUCACCAACGACCAUGGCUUCUUCUCUACAGAGCUCUGUGAUAAAUGGACAUGGAAUUGAGCAUAAUCCCUUCCAUAUCGCGAAACAGACGGUAAGAGAAACAGUCCGGCGAGUUACCGUCGUUCUUCCGGCCGGAGACAUUUCGAGAAGGUCCGCCGUUCUCAUUUCUGUUUUGCCUUUCGGUCUCAUUUCUCUUCCUCAGCCAUUACUGGCUAGAGAAAGAAGAAACAGGAAGAAGAUUCCGCUUGAAGAUUAUCUCACCAGCCCGGAUGGUCUGAAAUAUUAUGAUAUAGAGAAAGGAAAAGGUCCUAUUGCUGAGAAUGGAUCAUCAGUUGAGGUUCAUUUCGACUGCGUUUACAGAGGAAUUACAGUAAUUUCAACCCGAGAAUCCAAACUUUUGGCUGGAAACCGAAGUAUUUCUCAGGCUUAUGAGUUUAAGGUUGGAUCUCCACCUGGUAAAGAAAGAAAAAGGGAUUUUGUAGACAAUCCGAAUGGACUUUUCUCAGCUCAGGCUGCACCUAAACCGCCUCCUGCUAUGUAUUCAAUUAUAGAAGGAAUGAAAGUUGGGGGAAAGAGGACUGUGAUUAUUCCACCCGAGGCUGGAUAUGGUCAGAGGGGAUUGAAUGAAAUUCCGCCUGGAGCUACAUUUGAGCUUAAUCUAGAGCUUCUGAAAGUGCUUCCCCCAGAUGGAAAAUAAACAUAAGUAACUGCUCUAAUUGUAGAUUUAUGCAAAUUGAAUUAUCUUCGAUGAAGAUUGAUUAGGGUUUAUUAUACCCUUUUUAUUGAGGAACCUUCCAUUACUCGGUUUGUUGUGAUUUAAAGAAAAAAUGUCUAUUUUUUUCGUUUACUUAGUUACAGAUAUAAAGAUGUCGAGAUUCUCUUGUUUUCUA